CGAAUGUGAAGGAUCUCGGAGGCUCUGGAUGCCCAAAGAGGUGGCGGCUCGGCCGAUGACAGCAUUAGGCCGCGACGCAUUCCCGGCCGGGCGGUGGUGGUAGCGGCAGCCCGGACGGCUGCAGCGUUAGCUUUCGCCGGGGCGGUAGCCGCCGCCGGUAGCCCGCAGACGGAAGGAAAGUGGGGGCCCGCCCUGGCUGGUAGACCGCAGGGCCGGAGUUCCCGCCCUCCUAGCGGGCCGAACGGGCAGUGCCUCCGUGGCGGCCAGGCAGCGCUCUUGGUCUGGGCUCGCGCCCCAGCUGCCGCCGGCGACAGCGGCCGAGAGAAGUUGGGGUUCGAUUGGACGCGUGCAGGGCCCCAGAGGAACCGGCUGCCUGCGCCCCGCCUCUCCGGGGGCUCCACACCGGAUUUACAGGAUGACUAAAUAUUAAUGGAAAGAGAAGUGUAAACCUAUCUUCUUUCACUAUGGAGGCUGGUUUGGCAGAUGGAGAACCUGACCGAACUUUGCUUCUUGGUGAUAGCAAAGAUGUCCUUGGGCCAUCAACUGUGUUAGCAAACAGUGACGAUACUCAACACCUGACACCAGGAAAGAUGAGUCAGCGCCAAGGGAAAGAAGCUUUUCCAACGCCAACCAAAGAUUUGUAUCAGCCAUCUUUUAGUCCAGCAAGUCCUCAUAGCCAGGGGUUUGAAAGAGGAAAGGAAGACAUUUCUCAAAACAAAGAUGAAUCUUCCCUUUCUAUGUCAAAGAGCAAGUCUGAAUCUAAACUUUAUAAUGGCUCGGAGAAGGAUAGUUCAGCUUCAAGCAAGCUUACAAAAAAAGAAUCUCUCAAGGUACAAAAGAAAAAUUACCGAGAAGAAAAGAAAAGAGCCACAAAGGAGUUACUCAGUACAAUCACGGAUCCCUCUGUUAUUGUUAUGGCUGAUUGGUUGAAGAUUCGUGGUACUCUAAAGAGCUGGACCAAAUUGUGGUGUGUGUUGAAACCUGGUGUGCUACUGAUCUAUAAAACCCAAAAAAAUGGUCAAUGGGUAGGAACAGUCCUUCUGAAUGCCUGUGAGAUCAUUGAGCGUCCAUCAAAAAAGGAUGGCUUUUGUUUUAAACUUUUCCAUCCUUUGGAGCAGUCCAUUUGGGCAGUGAAGGGUCCAAAAGGUGAAGCAGUUGGAUCCAUAACUCAGCCCUUACCUAGCAGUUAUCUGAUCAUCCGAGCUACUUCAGAGUCAGAUGGAAGGUGCUGGAUGGAUGCUUUGGAGUUGGCUUUGAAAUGUUCUAGUCUUCUUAAACGUACAAUGAUCAGGGAAGGAAAGGAACAUGACCUGAGCUUCUCAUCAGAGAGCACACAUGUGACUUUGUAUGGCUUAUUACGUGCUAACAGUCUCCACAGUGGUGAUAACUUCCAGUUAAAUGAUAGUGAAAUUGAACGACAGCAUUUUAAGGACCAAGAUAUGUAUUCUGAUAAAUCUGAUAAAGAAAAUGAUCAAGAGCAUGAUGAGUCUGACAAUGAGGUGAUGGGGAAAAGUGAAGAAAGUGACACAGAUACAUCAGAAAGGCAAGAUGACUCAUACAUUGAACCUGAGCCUGUUGAGCCUUUAAAGGAGACUACCUACACUGAACAGAGCCAUGAAGAACUCGGAGAGGCAGGUGAGGCUUCUCAAACAGAAACUGUGUCAGAAGAAAACAAAAGCCUUAUCUGGACACUACUGAAACAAGUCCGUCCUGGCAUGGACCUAUCCAGGGUGGUUCUGCCUACAUUUAUUUUGGAACCCCGUUCUUUCCUGGAUAAACUUUCAGAUUACUACUAUCAUGCAGAUUUCCUAUCUGAGGCUGCUCUUGAAGAAAAUCCUUAUUUCCGUUUGAAGAAAGUAGUAAAAUGGUAUUUGUCAGGAUUCUAUAAAAAGCCAAAGGGACUAAAGAAACCUUAUAAUCCUAUACUUGGUGAGACUUUCCGUUGUUUGUGGAUUCAUCCCAGAACAAACAGCAAAACUUUUUAUAUUGCUGAACAGGUGUCCCAUCAUCCACCAAUAUCUGCCUUUUAUGUUAGUAACCGAAAAGAUGGAUUUUGCCUUAGUGGUAGUAUCCUGGCUAAGUCCAAGUUCUAUGGAAACUCAUUAUCUGCAAUAUUAGAAGGAGAAGCACGGUUAACUUUCUUGAAUAGAGGCGAAGAUUAUUCAAUGACAAUGCCAUAUGCUCAUUGUAAAGGAAUUCUUUAUGGCACAAUGACACUGGAGCUUGGUGGAACAGUCAAUAUUACAUGUCAAAAAACUGGAUACAGUGCAAUACUUGAAUUCAAACUAAAGCCAUUUCUAGGUAGUAGUGACUGUGUUAAUCAAAUAUCAGGGAAACUAAAAUUGGGAAAAGAAGUCCUAGCUACUUUGGAAGGACAUUGGGAUAGUGAAGUUUUUAUUAUUGACAAAAAGACUGAUAAUUCAGAGGUUUUCUGGAAUCCAACACCAGACAUUAAGCAGUGGAGAUUAAUAAGGCACACUGUAAAAUUUGAAGAGCAAGGAGAUUUUGAAUCAGAGAAACUCUGGCAGCGGGUAACUCGAGCCAUAAAUGCCAAAGACCAAACAGAAGCUACUCAAGAAAAGUAUGUUUUAGAAGAAGCUCAAAGACAAGCUGCCAGGGAUCGGAAAACAAAAAAUGAAGAAUGGACUUGCAAGUUAUUUGAACUUGACUCACUCACAGGAGAAUGGCAUUACAAGUUUGCAGAUACUCGACCGUGGGAUCCACUGAACGAUAUGAUACAGUACGAAAAAGAUGGUGUUAUCCAGACCAAAGUGAAACAUCGCACUCCAAUGGUUAGUGUCCCAAAAAUGAAACAUAAGCCAACCAGGCAACAGAAGAAAGUGGCAAAAGGCUAUUCCUCCCCAGAACCUGAUAUUCAGGACUCAUCUGGAAGUGAAGCUCAAUCAGUAAAACCAAGUGCAAGAAGAAAAAAAGGGAUAGAACUGGGAGACAUUCAAACUUCCAUUGAAUCUAUAAAACAAACACAGGAAGAAAUUAAAAGAAAUAUUAUGGCUCUUCGAAAUCAUUUAAUUUCAAGCACACCUGCCACGGAUUAUUUUCUGCAACAAAAAGACUACUUCAUCAUUUUUCUCCUGAUUUUGCUUCAAGUCAUAAUAAACUUCAUGUUUAAGUAGAA